AGUUUUGUGUGGAAAAUAAUUUAUAGGUUAUGAUCGAAGAGAGAGACUGGAGAUGUGACAGUGACGCGAUAAAGUGGAUUGAAGCAGAUAGAACACGAUGUAGCUUCGAAAGUGAAUGAAAGGACGUCGAAGUGUUUGAUUAAGUUGGGCGAUUCGUUUUGCCGAUCAUGAUGGAGAAAAAGUUUUAGAUAAAGCGAUUUUCUGUUCGCUUGUCUCGAAGUUUGCAGUCUCUAUUCAUACCUUCGUAUUGUUUAAUUAGUUGACAAUGUCACGUACAUUUUCCGUCGUAAUACUUUAGUCUUGCAAGUUUUAUGUAGCCGUGUAAUUCCUUUCGUGUGAAUGUUACGACUUGUAGCUCUGUAAUUAUCCUUGCGCGGAUGUUAUAAUGAUUGCAGAAAUUUUAUUUAUCUUCUAAUGUUCAGACCUCGCUCCUCAAUACGAAAAAUGGUAGAGAAGAUUUCACUGCAGAAGACGAUCGCUCGAUUGGACUUUCCAGCUAUUAUAGCCUUCGGCAACCCUUUACUGGAUAUCUUUGUGAUGCUGGAAAAUGACGACCUGUUUAAGAAGUACAAUCUUAAGACGGAUGGUGAAACAGAACUGUGCGAGGAGAAGAUGCAGGAGUUAACUGCAGAUUUACCAUCAGAGAGUGAGCAAAAUAUGUGCCCCGGAGGAUCCGCGCAGAAUACAAUGAGGAUCUUACAAUGGCUCUGUGAUGAUACCCAUGAGUCUCAAAUUGGUAUUUUUCACGGUGGCCUCGGAAACGAUCAAAAUGGUUCGAUCUUAGAAAAAUUAGUUCGAAUUUCUGGGGUGGAUGUAAGGUACGCCAUACAUCCAACUCUGCCUACUGGAUUAUGCGUUUCGCUCGUACACGAUACUUCCCGUAGUUUGGUUGCGAAUCUUGGUGCAGCUAAUGUAUAUACAUUGGACGACCUGAAGAAGGCGAAUUUACGAUUGGACAACGUGAAAGUAAUUUACAUUGAAGGAUAUUUCAUAACGCAUAGUUUGGACGUGGCUAAGGAAUUGGUUAAGCGGGCGCAGGAGACAAAUAUCAUAAUAGCGUUCAACCUUAGUGGUCUAUAUAUAUUUCAGAAUCAUCAUGCAGCUAUUUGCGAAAUGGUCGGUUACGCCAAGAUCGUAUUCGGGAAUGCGAGGGAAAUGAUUGCUCUGGCACAGGCAUUGAAUGUGAAAUACGACGACGUUACUGACAUACCUUUCUUGCUAAAUAGCUUGAAGAGAAUAACGGUGGACAUUUCUAGCGCUAGCUGCAAAGAUUGGCUCGCUGAUGAUGGCAUAUUCGUCAUGACACGCGGAGGAUCUGCACCGGCGAUCAUUGUAUGGGGCAAAGGACAAUCGAUUCAGAUACCACCGAUUUCACCAAAGGCACCUAUCGUAGACACAACAGGCGCCGGGGAUGCUCUAGUGGCUGGUUUUCUCGCUGGCGUUCUGGCACAUUGGGACCCGAAGAAUUGCUUAGAAUUGGGAUGCAAGGUCGCAUCGUACAUGAUAACCAGAUUUGGCGUCACGCUACCGUGCAACCUACCUCCCGAUUUGCUGCCAUAACAGUUCGAUUCCUUUAGGAAAUUAAUGACUAAUCGUUACCUGACAUACUCGUAAUCGUACGGUUAUUAUUUAUUUAUUGCUUGAAAAAAUUCUACGCGGCGAAUUACUCGUCAGAAAUGAUAAUUAGCAGUUCUUAUCGAUGUGACAUCAAUUAGAUAUUUAUUUUUUCGGGCUAUAGUGAAUAUUUGCAACGCGUAUGCGUCACAUUGUAAAA